AUGGCUGUGGUGGAUGCCAUGCAAUUAGCCCUCUCAUUCAGUGUCCCAUAUGUCUAUGCACUCUGGCUGAAGGGGCACAUGGCCCUGCAGGAUGAGCUAGGAGGUUCUAAACCACAGAUGGCAACUAUUGGGAAGGACAUCUAA